AUGCACCUCAGCACCUCACCCCUCCUCCUCCUCGCCACAGCGCUCCUCCCGGUCCACACCUUCCCUCUCACUUUCCCUCUCACCUUCCCUCGCGGCCUGUCCUUCCCAGACCAGAAACUGUCCCUUCCAGACCGUCCGGGACGACAUCCUGCACCAAAGAACUCGCUGCAGACACGGGACCCCGCGCCGGAGAGCAGGAGCUUCUUCGACUUCGACCACGACCACCACCACCACGACCACCACGAUGACCACCACCACCAUGAUGACCACCACCAUGAUGACCACCACCACGACCACGACGAUGAGGUCAUCCAGAAGAGGAAGAAGAAACACUCCAAGAAUCGCAAACACCUCACUCGCUUACUUACUCUUUCCGAUCUACAGAAGGACCACAGAAAACCUUUCUCGACUUUGAACUCUGAACUUGGUGAACAAGCCGCUAAUUUGAAAAACCCCCGAAUCUUACAGCGUCCGGAAGAGGAAGAAUCAGAUUAUGAUGAAUGA